AUGGGUCAAUCUCAAUCGUCUCGCCGUACGAAGGCAGAAGAAGAACAGCUUAAAUUGGAAAACACCACUCAGGUUACGCUUCCAAAGACAACUGGUCCCGUACCGAAACCCGGACCGAAAUUUAAAAUCCCGCGUCCCCUGAAAGAAAUGAUGGAAGCACCCGCUGGUCGAUUGCCUGUGGCUCCAACCGACGACUACGUAUUUCUCAAGUAUAGCAAAGCUGCUUCCGACAUUUGCGAAGCGGUUCAAAAGUUCGUUGUGACAUUUAACGAAAUAAAAGCACGUUAUGAGGAUGGAAAAAGUAUCAACAACAAUAUGCUCUAUCGCAAAGACAUGGCUUGCAAAGGGUUCAAAGACGUGCUGUUCCUCAAGUUCUGUUACGAGAACUUGCUGGAUGAUCGUGCUCCGCAAUUCGACGAGGUCAAAAAGAUGAUUGACAAGCAGAUCGUGUAUUCGACUGACCUCUUGGAUCACGUCGUAAAGUCGUUCGACAGACAGAAUCGUCUCAGAUAUAUUAAAUAA